AUGAGUCUUGAAAAGACCGAAGAGAUAGAAAAGUAUUUCCCCGAAUAUUCAGACCAGGAGUGUUUCCAGAUGGGUGUUGAUUUUGUGCUAUCCCUUGAGCGACCAUGUCUUUCUCGCACCCAAGUCAUGAGGCCAAAUAGUCAGACCUUGUCCAUGCAAGGCACACUACUUCAACACGCCCCUUCGACUUUCACAACAGAUACUCGAUGGGAGGUAUCAGCAGAAGCUUUCCAGAGACUGUUCGAGAUGGCAGACAAGCUUGAUUUAAAUGGGUACAUCACUCCCGUACAGGCGUGGAAUCGGAUAAGAGACCACAAGAACUUUUCGCGACUGACACGUGAGAAACUGAGAAUAUUGGAGCAUAACAUGAGGCCCAACAUUAGGUGUCAGGGCUAUGCUGCAAUUAUGGAGGAAGCCAUUUUUGAGAUCUUGUUGGACCAAGCUCUUAGCCCUUGA